AUGGUGAGUCCAUGGGGCGUAUGGUGUGAGUUUGUCUGGGUUUUCUGCAUCAUUGUGCCCUUAGUCCUGACUGUGGUGGAGGCCAAAAUGUGGCACAUCCUCCUGGCUGUCUUCCUCCCCAACUGGGCUGACCUGACCUGCGGGCUGACCGUCCUGUGUGCGGCGAUGAUCACCUCCGCCACGCUGAUCUUUGCAGCCGUUUUCAUCUGCCUCUCCUGCAUCAGCAGCAUCCUCUGCUUCAUCUUCUCCGUGGUCGCCGCCGUUGUCUUCCUGGUUGAUGCUGUGAUGCAAAAAAUGAAGUGUCCGAGCGGCUACCUGUCCAGCCCGAGAGGAGUUCUCCGCACGGCAGAGGCUUUCACGGCUUGUAUCAUUCUCACCGCUGCCACUGACCACUUUGUAAAUGGCGAAUGGUUCUUUCGUCCUUUCGGGAUGAUGUGCGGCAUCAUUGUGUUUGCUGUUUUCCUCCUGGUCACUGUGGUCAUCAUUGUUCUCAACCUGCUGAAGCUGCUGCAGUGUCUCCUCUCAUUUGGGCUCAAUAUGAUGGAGCUUGUGUUCAACAUUGUGGCAGUGCUGUUGUACCUGCUCGCUGUCAUUCUUUGGCUUGUCUUUGGUUACAAACGAUCCGGAUACAAUCCUUACAUCAAGUGUUCCUACACUGACCUUAACACUGUUUCCAUUGGAGCCAUUGUCAACCUCGUCUUUUACAUUGUAGACCUGGUUUUAUCCUUCAAAUCUCGCUAG